CAACGCUGUUGGUCCUCUUGGUCCUUGUUCUGGUUUUCUAAAACCCUGUGUUAAAAACCUUGGUGUGUUUUUAGACGGUUCUUUUAAUCUUUACAGACAGGUGAGUGCAGUGGUCCAAUCAGGUUUUUAUCAUUUAAGGCAGAUAGCAAAGGUGAAGCCAUACCUUCCUGCUAAUGUCCUCGAACAUGUCAUCCACCUGUUCGUGUCUUGCCGAUUGGACUACUGCAACUCCCUGUAUUCUGGCCUGGACCAGUCCUCCCCACACUGACUUCAGCAGGUCCAAAAUGCAGCGGCUCGCUUGCUGACUGGAACCAGCAAGUGGAUCACAUAACCCCGGUUCUGGCCGCUCUCCAUUGGCUUCCUGUCUCUUACAGGAUCCGUUUCAAAUUUUUACUUUUUGUUUUUAAAUCCCUUCAUGGCCUGGCCCCAGUUUACAUCUCUGAGCUGCUGUCCGCUUACGUCCCUGCCAGAACCAUGAGGUCCAGCUCUCAAGCUCUUUUAACAGUUCCAAAAACCCGCCACAAGACUCGCGGCGACAGAGCGUUCUCUGUGGUUGGGCCCAAACUGUGGAACAAGCUACCUCUCAACAUCAGGACCACACAGAAUCUAGAGCAUUUUAAAUCCCUUCUUAAGAUGCAAUUUUUUGAUUUGGCUUUUAAUGCUGGCUGACUUGAGCAUCUUAAUAGUUUUUAACAGUUUUUAUCAUAGAUUGUGACUGUUGUGUGCUCAUCUUAUUUUAGGUUUUUAUUGUUGAUUUGUUGUAUCUUGUUUAGUUUUACCUUGUCCAGUGCUUUGGUGUAGCUUUGCUGCUGUAAAUGCGCUCUGUAAGUAAAAUUGACCUUGACCUUGACCAAAGCUGCAUUAUUGGUACUGGAAAGGUGAAAUCUAAGCCCCGCCCCUAUUUAAAGUGGGGUUUUCACAUUUUUACAUAGAUAGCUUCUUUUACUCCUCUCUCAAAUCAUCUAUCUUCUCUGUCCAGAAUGUGGACUUUGUCAUCGUCAAAGGUGUGUCCCUUGUCCUUCAGGUGAAGGUGGACUGCAGAGUUUUGACCUGAAGAGGUGACUCUCCUGUGUUGUGUUAUGUUCUUGUGUAAUUGUUGUUUAGUUUCUCUAAUGUAAACAUCUGGACAGUCCUCACUACACUGGACUGCAUAAACGACCCCACUGAGCUUCUGUUUGGGUAUUUUGUCUUCUGGAUGGACCAGGUUCUGUCUGAGGGUGUUGUUGGGUUAAAGUUUACCGGGAUGUUGUGUUUGGAGAAGAUUCUUCUAAGUUUCUCUGAGACUCCUGCCACGUAUGUGAUGAUGGUGCCUUUGUGUAAAGGAUGUUGUUGUUAGGUUGGUAGCAGAGCUCUCAUGUUUAGUGUUAAGUUCAGUGAGAUCAUGGAAUGGGAUCAAGAAUUUUCUACUGACAGGAAAAAGAUCUCAGCUAACAUAGCUGUAGAUCACACUGGAUAAGUCUCUGUGGUUGCAUUUAUUUUACAUUUAUUUUACUACCUCUUACUAGAGCUGUCUUUAGUAGGCGCAAAAUAUAUUUGGUUGUACACCUGUGCAAUAGCAAUAAAGUAUCUUGAUUCCUGUUAAAUGUACUUCCUGAAUGAGUGACCUUUUCAGGCUAAAACAACAAAAUGACAAAUACAGACAGAAGGACGACUUAUUUCUUCUUUUAUAAUGCCUUGCAUCACCACCUGGUAUCAGAACAGGACUCAGUAUUGGAAGAUAAUCAAAAAUCAAACAACUUGGACUCAGAUCAGGGGCAAAAAUGUGGUUGUAACAUCUCUAGAUAAGUCAGCUUUAAAAACUAAAACUAUUAUUUAUGAACUAACAUUAACACUAAUGACACUAAUUUAUAUAUUUUUAUUAUGUUGUUUGAACCCAAGGGUCUCAUUAUCUGAAUUUUCUAACUUAUUGGAUUGCUCUAUAAGUGCCCCUUUUUUUACUUUGAGCACCCACCCCGUCAAAGGUCUCUGCACGGCCCUGCGCUGUGCGUCGACAUGAUCAGGACACAGUAGGUGCGCGGCUAAAUAAGUUUGGGAACAUCUUUGAUUGGAGGCGGUACACCUGCAUGCGCUGCCCACGAGCUCACGUGACUUAUCAGCCGCCAAUCUGGGUGGGAGUGAACAACGUGCGCGCUCCACCUCUUGGUCCUAAUUACCCAUCAAGACUUUGUACGGAAGAAAUCAUCAACCCCUUUCGUGUUGCAGGGAAACUGCGCUAAAGGCGGAAUUAAAGCUGCGGCGGUCAUUUUCCACCUGGCAAUCAUGGAGUCAAACAGGAAAGCCUUUCAGCCCUGGAGAGAUUACAUGGGGCUGUCGGACACAGUCAGAGAGAUUUUGGGUUUGAUCACCGCCACAGAGUCGCCAGGUACCAGUGCUGACUUGCGCAUGCACGCAGUCUGUGCACACGGGGUUGCGGAUUUUCACCCUCCAUCUGCGUUGCCUGGCUUGGUGGCUCGCACUGUCCCGAACUCCACUGAUGACUUGCGGUUCGCAACAGAUCUCUCCGGACCGACGACCUCCGUAGGGCCAGAGGAACGCAAGAAGAGCCUCCGCGAAGCUCCGGUUCCGCCUGCGUCUGAGCGCGUGAUGUGCAGCUUCUGCAAACAUAACAAUGAGUCUGAGCAGGUGUACAGGUCCCACCGUCUGAAGAACCAUGCAGGAGAAGUACUGUGUCCCUAUCUGCGGCAGUAUGUGUGUCCCCUGUGCGGGGCCACGGGGGCCAAAGCGCACACCAAACGCUUCUGCCCCAAAGUGGACAGCGCAUACAGCUCGCUGUACACCAAGUCCAAGCGCUAAGCGCCCCACAGAAGGCAAAACUCGUUGUUUUUCUAACCAUUUAGUUUGAUUUGUGUGUGUUUACUUUAUUUGCAUGCGUGUGAUUGGAGGUUUCAGUUUGGAUGUUUUGUCUAGACAGUUUUUAAAAAGUGUGUUCUUGUUCUGUGUUUGCUGUAAAACAUUUGAAUGUGAUUUAAAACAAAAAGCAAAAGUUCGUUUUGGUUUUUUAUUUCUAACCUAAGAUGUUCCAACGAACCACAAAACUUGCCUAAACCAUUUUAUUCUACAACAAUCCAGUUGGUACGGAGCCCCUCUGAUGACAUGGUCCCACUCCCAAAAAUAAAUAAAUUGAGGCCACGAAAUGGCUAUAACGUGCCCACGAAAUACGUAUUUGCGUGGGCACGUAUUACGAAACAGCUAUAACGUGGACACGAAUUGUGCAUUUGUGGUAACGAAAUAACGUUCAUAUUUUCUCAAUAUCUAUAUCAGACAUCAAGCUAAACAGACAGGGUUAAAGAAAUAUGAUCGACCUUUUUCCCCAUCACUUUCUUUUUUAAAUAGUAAUUAAUAAACAUUCGAUACCAUUACAAUUUCCUUUGAUUUAAUUUUAAAUAAAUAUUUAGAGUGCCCAGGUAGGUAGCACAUAAAAAUGCAAUUUAACGGUUUUCUUAAAGUAGGAACGUUUAACCUGUGCGGCCAGAGCGCUCUCCUUCCUUCUGCUCUGCGUAAACCUGAGCUGGUCACCUACUUGUGCGUAAUCAAAUGUCUGUAGGGAAAAGAUGUAGCCACGAGGUUCACUUUUGCCUCAGACCGACUUAUUGCUGUUUUAUGGUGUGGCUGAAUCUGCGAUCCGCUGCCACGCGGACUGGAACAACAAAUGCUGCAGUAGCAUAAGUUGUGGUCAGGUUCGGAGUCACUGGCUGGAGCGGACCCGACCUUAAUACAUCAUCCCAAAAUAGAAGCUAAUAUCUUAAUUUGACCUGAAAUGAAAAAUGUUAUAAAACCUCUUAAAAGUUUUUAUCACAGAGGAGGCAGCGCUCAUGUCUGUCUUCAGUCUGACUGUGCACCG